AUGGCAGGCAUCCCUGCUCCCUGGAAUAUGGCCGCCGCACCGCCUCCUGGCUUGACUGGAAAGGUUGAAUAUCGCUAUUUCACCAAGGACGGAGGUCCUCCAAACCAGGGGAAACCACCCAGUCCCCCAGCAGCCUCGCAAACACCUUCAAGUGGUCCUCCGCCGCCAUACUGUCUCUGGCCAUCGCCAGCACCACCUCAAGCACCUACAGUACCGACAGGACCAACGUUCUUCAUCCCCACUGCGCCUGGAUUCCCGGGAGCAGUCUGUUUUCAAAAUGCCACACCACCGGCACCGCCUGCUCCGCCUUCAGGCCCUGCAUUCUGGUUUCAGGGUCCAGGUCCUGCUCCAGGGGUUGCCCCUGCCCCUCCGGGGCCGACAGCAGCAUCGGCGGCAGUACCGCCUCCGCCUCCCCCGAUGCCCUCUGCCCCAGCAGCAGCAUCAGCAGCAUCAGCAGCACAAGCGCCUCCAGCACCAGCGUACAAUUUCGCGGCCGCUGUAGGUCAAGCUGCACUUCAAGGACCGGAACCUCCAGUCAGUGGAAACCGGGUCAAAGACCGAUUGGUAGUGUUGAAGGACAGUGGUGGCACAGGGUAUGUUGCCCCGAAGCACAAUACGACAUUUCACCUCUGGAACAACAACAUUCUUUCCAAGUACCAGCCCAAUUGCUACGGGCAGUUUUACAUUCCUCCCGAGGUGGCCGAGCCAUUCCGCGUCAUGUCGGCACCGUGCUCGAUGACAAUGCAAGAACUUAUCAUGCAACUAGACUGCGACAAAGUACCCGGGACUCACCAACUACAGGACGUCGGGCUCGCGGAAGUCCUUGACUGCGGCAGCGGAUGGUUUGUGGUAGGAUCGAAGAUCAGUCUUGCCGACAAAGAGGCGAAAUGGACACUCAAAGACCUCUGGGGAAGCGACAUGGGCGAAGCUGAGCAAACACGGCCACGGUACCUGACGCGAUUCCUAGGCAAAGGCACCUGGAGCUGCUUCGGGCUCCAUGAGAGAUUGGCCUGGUUGGAGGGGUGA